UCUCUUUACCUCAUUUGCUGUCCACAAUCCCCCAUCCCUCUCAACCACCACCUUUUCCCCUUUCUUUUGUUUUAUUAUCUGCUUAAUUUCACAUUUCCAAUACUUUUUUUACGUAGAUUUUUUUGUUUUGUUCUCAUUCUGUAUAUGGGAUUUGAAUAAGAGGAGGAGACACAAUGUUUGUGGACAGCAAUAGCCAAUCGAGAUCCAAAUUCGGAAAGAAUACGGUGCAUUCGGAUCCUAAUCUUACAAUGAACGCCACCGAUGACGAUCAGCUUUCGACCCGUAAUAGCAGUGCUUCUGCUGUUGGGUCUGGGUUCUAUGACCCGAGCCGCAUGAGCUGUGAAGGGUCACCCAUGAUGAUGUCCCCUUGGAACCAAACCUCCUCCUCCCCAUUCAAAUCACAAUGGUCUGAAUUACCCGAAAAUAUCCCACAAAACGCACUCAUCGGGUCGCUUGUUCGCGAAGAAGGUCACAUUUACUCCUUGGCCGCAACUAAGGACCUUCUUUACACCGGAUCCGAUAGCAAGAACAUCCGGGUCUGGAAAAAUUUGAAAGAAUUCUCUGGCUUCAAAUCAAAUAGUGGUUUGGUCAAAGCUAUUGUAAUCUCCGGCGAUAAGAUAUUCACCGGGCACCAAGACGGAAAGAUCAGAGUAUGGAAGAUAUCGCCCAAGAACCAAGCCGUCCACAAACGGGCCGGGACAUUACCCACUUUGAAGGACAUAUUCAAAAGCUCAAUCAAGCCCAGCAAUUAUGUUGAGGUUAGACGACACCGUACUGCUCUAUGGAUCAGGCACUCCGACGCCAUUUCAUGCUUAAGUUUGAGUGAGGACAAAACGCUUCUGUACUCUGCUUCCUGGGACAGAACCGUUAAAGUGUGGAGAAUCUCAGAUUCGAAGUGCCUUGAAUCAAUUAACGCCCAUGACGACGCCGUUAACUCGGUCGUCGCGAGCUUUGAAGGAAUGGUAUUCACCGGCUCCGCCGACGGGACUGUCAAAGUGUGGAGAAAAGAACAGCACGGGAAAGUCACGAAGCACCCACCGAUGCAGACGCUGCUGAAACAAGAAUGUGCGGUCACAGCUUUGGCAGUCAACACCUCCGGUUCGAUCGUGUACUGUGGAUCGUCCGAUGGUCUGGUCAACUUUUGGGAACGUGAGAAGCAGUUAUCACACGGUGGGGUCCUCAAGGGGCACAAGCUGGCAGUGCUUUGUCUUGAGGCUGCAGGGAGUAUGGUGUUCAGCGGAUCAGCGGAUAAGACGAUAUGCGUGUGGAGGAGGGAUGGGACCAUCCACACGUGUCUCUCUGUGCUGACGGGGCACACGGGCCCAGUCAAGUGCCUGGCUGUGGAGGAGGAUCGUGAGGCGUCCUGCAAAGGUGAUCAACGGUGGGUUGUGUACAGUGGUAGCCUCGAUAAGUCUGUGAAGGUUUGGAGCGUGUCGGAGCUAGCACCUGAUUCUAAUCAGAUGGCUAUGAUGCAACAACAGAUGGGGUCGGAUUUGGACUCGGUGCCGUCCGAUGGAAGCGUUUCCUCUGCAGCCCGGAACAGAAGGCUCUGACCAAAACGGCUUGCUUGCUGAGGACACGUGUCUUAUCUGCAAUGGGUAUAAUGCAUUAAGAUUUUGGGGGAUAGAGGUAGUUGGGAUUUGCCCUACCAGCAAGGGGAUAAAAGGAAUUUGCAUGGUUGAUCUGUGUGGCUGGUUUGGGCAAGGAGGGGUGAUUAGCUACUGAGAAAAGUGAAAUUUAAGAGAGAAAAAACAUGUCUUCUUUAUUUUCAUUUGUAUAUUUCAAUGUGGAAUUAUGCAUAUAAUAAUAAUGUCCCAUGGGAGUGGA